GUAUUUUCAAAGCUCUAGGUCACGUGAGGUAACUCAGAUGGAUCUCAAAACAUGCGAAUUCGUAUAAGCGUUCUCUUCAUAAAAGUCUAUAUAUUGACAACCAUAUACUUCAUAGCAAUUUUUUGUACAACCAGAAAUCAUGAUUAUGAAUACUCGCAUUCUUUGAAACUAAGCAAGAUUCCUAAUGAUUCUUAUAUACUAGUCCAUACUUUAGGAGGCGAAAUUCUAUGUGUUCAUAGACGUUCUGGACAUGUCAAGUGGAAGUUUGAUUCUGCGUCUGCUCUUAGCGCGAGUUAUGACAAUGGGUAAGUUAAAUACCUUUCCAAAGCCUUCUGUAGGCCAUUACUGGUUGUAGAUCCAAUUAGCGGUUCUCUCUAUGAAUAUGCAAGUUCCGUCUCAGAAUUCUUAUUUCAACUGUUGGAUCAUUCCAUCAUGGGGCACGUUCGACGUUCUCCUGCAUACUACAAAAACUUCUUAUCUCUCGGUUCUAAAUCGGACUUUUGGACCUCUGUGGAUAUGAAUUCAGGGAAAAUUUUCGAGUCAAUAUUUCAAAAUUACGUGGACAAGUGUCCAACUUCAUUAAAUAAUGAAAAUGUUGACAAACUGCAAAAUUCUACUGAAGAGAUUGAUAUAAUCAACCUUGGAAGAACUCAAUAUAACCUAGUACUUCGUGAUCGUUUUACUGGUUUGGUGAGGCUUAAUAUCACUUACAAUACGUUCGCCUCUCAUACAGAAGCAGAUUUACAAAAUUAUGAUUUACAGCACGUUGCUAUUACUCAACCGGCCUUAUUGACCUUUGAAGGGUCUAAGUUAAUAUGGAGUCUACCGUUAUCAUCUCCUGUAAUCGGCAUGUAUGCAUUAUGGUCACCGUCUGAUUCACCAUCUAGUGUUCAUGCAACGAACGAAAACACCAAUAAUAACAUUAAUAGCAAUAACAAAGAAUCCAUAAAAGAGACAGCUAAAUUACCACGAAUCCUUAGACGUAUCGCAUUUACAACUUAUGCAUUAGAUCUACAUAAUAUGACAAAUCCCACAGAUGAUCAAAUUUAUGAUGAAUUGGAAGCGAAAUUUAAUGGAACAUUAGAUUUAGCACCUUCAUUAUAUAUUGGACGUUCAAAAUCAACUCCAGUUUAUGCUUUGAUGUGUCUAGCAGAGGCUACAUUACGAAUACGUGGUUUACGUAGAGCAUCUGAAAUGUAUAUGUUGGAAGGUCCGAAAAAUUUAAUUGUCAUGGAUAAUAAUCAACAAACUACUACUACUAAGACUACAAUUACUACUGAUACAAAUAAUCAUAAUAAUAAUUAUUAUUAUAAUAAUCACAAAGAUAAUUGGCCAACUGGUCUAAUCGGUUUAUAUGAAUUACCUACAAGUUAUAAAAAAACAUCAUCAUGGGAUGAUAAUCGUAUUGAUGACCAACCAAUGUCUACACUGAAACGUGGCAAACGAUUAAAGCGUUUACCGUCCAUAUCAUCAUCGGACUCGUCUACAAUGUGGGCUGUCAUUGUACCUCCACCUAGUCCACUAAUACAUCCAACGGAAACUGUAAAUUCUUCGAAAAUCACAUCAUUACGAGAUUUACCUGUUAACAAGACUUACAUCAAUGGUAUUGACAAAUAUUCUGAUGAUAAGCAUGCAAAGAUUACUCCUACUAAUAAAUUAUUUUGGUUACUGUCACUUUUCUUCACUGUUUUGUGUAUACUUUCUGUGUUCGUAUACUUCAUCAACAAUUUUGUGAAAUCUAAUACAAUGAGCUGUUUAACAUUGAUUCCGAACUUUAAAACAAUAUGUAAGAAUUUUAAUAUUGUAUUAUACAAUAUCGUUUCGAAAUCGUACGCUACACAUAUCGACAUGAAAAAUGGUCGUCUGUCGACAAGUGCACUUAAAACAAAAACGGAUCUGUCACAAGAAACAAGUUCAAUAGUAGCAGGUCUUCUUCCAUCGCACUUCGAUACACCAGAUUCUAGUGGUUGGGCUGGGUGUUCAGCACAAGAAGUUGGACAACCGGAACCAAUUCGUUUUAAUUUAAACAAAGUUUUAGGUCAUGGGGCGAACGGUACUAUGGUUUUUGCUGGAACUUAUGGACCACAUGAAACCGCUGUUAAACGUAUUGUAAGACAUCCUUUAUUAGAAAAACAUUGGCGUCGUGAACAUGCCAUAUUGUUAAAGCAUCAGCAUCCACAUUUAGUUCGUUGUUAUUGGACAGGUAGUACGGCAAACUUUCACUAUUUAGUAAUGCAAAGGUGUUCAUUGAGUUUAAAUGAAGCAUUAACAUCCAUGAGUUCAUCAAAUGCAUUGCAAUCAGAUGAAAUCAAUUCAACUGAUCUCAUUAGGACAUCUUUACUCAAUGAUUUGGGUUUAACUCCAGUACAAAUUAUUCAUCAAUUUAUUUUAGCUGUUGCAUGUUUACAUCGUAAUCAAAUUGUUCAUCGAGAUUUGAAACCAAGUAAUAUACUUAUAAUUUUGGAUAAUAAUUCUAAUAAAGUGAAUAAUAAUAAUUCAACCGGGAAAGCACGUGUUGUAGUUGGAGAUUUCGGUUUAUCUCGUCCAUUACCUACAGAUCAACACGAACAACAACAUCAAGAUACAUUCAAUUCAAUUGGACCGCACAUUUCUGUGAAAAUUCAACAAAUUAAAAGUCGUUCACUCUCUUCAACAUCAUACCAAAAUGACAGUAGUGUUGAAUUUAACUCAUCUGAGAACGAUAUACAAUCGGAUGUUACUAGUGUUACUAAUAAUAAUAGCAGUAAUGUUUUUGGUAUAAGUGUAAGAUAUGGUGACAAAGAAGAAUAUACUUCUGGUAUUGUUAAUAAUUCCAGAAACCCUAAUGUAAAUAACUAUCAUAGUGAUAAAAAUCAAGUAUCAGAUAAUAGUGUAUGCUUCACUUUUGGUACACUUGGUUGGAUGGCACCUGAACUGUGCGAUGCAGAGUCGGCCUCACAAGUGACUUGUGCAAUUGAUAUAUUCGCUUGUGGUCUAUUGGCUUAUUAUGUUUUAACUUAUGGUAAGCAUCCAUAUGAUUGCUGUAGUAAAGAGUUGAAUAAAUUUCAAAUUGACAAAAAUACCCUAUCAACAACUGUAUGUUCGUCAGUGUCAUCCUCGUCAUCUUUUACUACUACUGGUGUUGGUGGUGGGGACAGCAGCUCUGACACCGUAAAUGAAGUUAAAUCAUUCAGAUGUACCACUUUAAGCCGUCAACAUGAACGACAGUUGGCAAUAGCUGAAGGUCGUCUACCUAAUUUGGACACUCUGACCGAGAAUCCAACCAAUGUUCAUGAAAGUUAUUUAGCUCGUUACCUUGUACAAACAAUGCUUUCAUCAAAUCCUAAUGAUCGACCAACAGCUGAAGAGAUCACUUACUAUCCAUUGUUUUGGUCACCAAAUAAAGUCAUACGCUUCAUAUCGGAAUUAUCAAAUGUUAUGGAUAUUAAAGAUUUAUCAUUUGAUAUUCCAUCUCAAAUUGGCACUUCUACUAAUCAUUCAGUUGACGCUGCUGACGGAAACUGCACUCAAGACAAUAAUAAUAAUAAUAAUGGAAGCAGUACACCUACUACUAAUUAUCAGUCAGUCAGACAACAACAUUUCGAUAAUUAUCAUCAACAACAAAUGUUAAAUGAUCUUAUUCGUUAUAGAAAUUGGGUAUUUAAUGAACAUUGGUUUGCUAGACUAGAACCUGAACUAGUUGAUAAUUUAUUGAGUAAUAGAAGCUAUCAAGAUACUUCUCUUUUAUACCUUCUACGUGCUAUACGCAAUAAACAUAGUCAUUUCUGGUCAUUACCAGAACAUAUUCGUGCAAUCUAUGGUUAUAAUCAAGAAGGUAUGUCAAUUUAUUGGACAAUGCGUUUUCCUGCUCUUCUACCGCUUAUCUAUGGUUUAUGUAAUAAACACUUUACUGGUACUAUUAAUUUUUCGGAAUUUCUACCUCCAAAAUCAAUCUGUAAAAUAUUUGUCGGUGUUCCAACAAAUUGUCCAUGGUGGCCUAUUUGGAAUACCUCUAGUACUGAUAAUAAUGAAAUAGACGAAAUUUCAAUUCAAGAGAACAAUUCAAUAAAAGCACAUGUUCAGUUUAGUCAAAAUGCAAAUAAAUCAAAGAAUUUAUAUGUGAAUAGUAGAUGGAAACGUGGUGACAUUAUGCCCUCCUAUUCUUUGGAACUAAGUAAACCAUACAAUAAACCAUCAGAUAUAAUGAAUAAAUCACUUAAAAUCUCAGUAAAACAUGAAUGUGAUCAAGAAUUAAAAUAUGAAACGAUAUAUCCUAAUGAAGUGGAUCCCAAUGAUGAUGUUUGGAAUAAUACUAUUGUUAAUAGUAGUCAUAGACGUCGUCGACCUAACCAACCUAAAAAAAUUCGUCCUUCUAAAAAACAAUUCACUAUACAACGACGUCAAGAUUUAAUUUCAAUUGCUGGAACUGAAUUACCUUCCAUAUAUGAGAACAAAUAAUUACUUGUGAUAUAAAGCUUUUUUUUCUUUUGUUAUACGAGUUUUCAUUCUUUGUACUUUAAAGGGAAGUUUUAUUAAAUAACCAAUCGUUAUACUUAAUAUUCCUUUUAAUGAACUAAACAAUCUCUUCCUGUUGUUUUAUACAACAAAUUGGUUUUACCUUCCAAAUCAACGAUAAACUUUAUACCUGUGUGUGUGUGUGUGUAUAUGUCUGAUUAUAGUUUCCACUCAAACAUGUGUGGUGUUUCUCUUCUUAUUUAUUUUGAUUAUUUGUACAUACUACUCUUAACUGAUAAAAAAACGGUUGAAAUGUGCAGUUAUUUUGACUCGUUUGUGAUUGAUAUCGAUAUUGUUAUUUUUUAUACAUUUUGUUUAUGUUUUUUUCAAUAUUCACAGAUAUAUAUAAAUAAAUAAAUAUGCACCAUUUUUCUGUUGUA